GGUCGCUGCCCGCCCCGCGCCCAUGGAGGGGAGCCUGGUCCAAGCCUUCGGGGCCCUGAGCCUGCAGCCCGCGGCCCGGGCGCCGCCCCGCAGGCGCCGCUUCAGCAAACGGCUCUACCUGCUGCGCGGCCUGCCCGGCUCCGGGAAAACCACGCGGGCCAGACAACUGAAACGUGAAUUUCCAGGUGCUGUGAUUCUUAGCACUGAUGACUUUUUCUUCACAGAAGAUGGCACCUAUGUGUUCAGACAUGAUUGUCUAGAAGCAGCACACUUAUGGAACCAAAAGAGAGCACAUAAAGCAAUGAAGAAUGGGAAAUCCCCGGUUAUUAUUGAUAAUACCAACAUCCACGCUUGGGAAAUGAAGCCCUAUGUGAUUAUGGCACCUGAGAAUAACUAUGAAGUUAUAUUCCAAGAACCUGACACACACUGGAAAUUCAAUGUUCGAGAGUUAGCAAGAAGAAACAGUCAUGGUGUCCCGAGAGAAAAAAUACAGCGCAUGAAAGACCAGUAUGAGCAUGACAUUACAUUUCAUAUCGUGCUUCACUCUGAAACACCAAGCAGAGAUGGCAGAAAUUCCAGUGGACCCAAAGCCGCUCACAACACUGUAGCUUAUUCCAGUAUGUGUCCAACAUUCCCAAACAGAACGCACAGCCGCUACACAAAUGAAAGAUCAUUUAAUAGAGGCGGAUUCCAGAAUGUAUUUUAGUAUUUCAUAAGACUAAAAAAAAUUAACUUUUUACUCUCAAUUUUUGUAUUUUUCUACUAAACCUAAAUCAAGUUAUUUCUGUUAAUUUACAAGUCUUAAAAUAUUACUGUAAUGUUGUUUUGUCAGUUACACAAUCUGCGAUCACUGAAACCAAUAUAAACUGUACACACCAUCUCUGUCCCAGUACACCCAGUGUUGGCCAAUUUUCCUUGUUCAGUCAUGUCUUAACCUUCAAGUAUAAAUUUAUAAAUGUGGUUUGUCUCUUGCCUGUAAACGAUCAUGAAUAUUUCUGGUGCAGUGUAAUAAUUUCUUCCUGUCUUCCAGGCACAUUCUCUCUCCUUCUCCCCUCAUAUACAGUCUCUCACUAAUGCCAAUCACUUCUUUCUCCCUAAUCAUUCCAAAAUCCACCCUUUCUUCAUGGUCUCUGUUGCCAAGAUACUUGUCCAUGUUGUAGUCUUUUUUAGCUUCUCUACUUUCUCCUGCCUGGCCUGAGUGCUUCUCACCUCUUCCCACCUCAGUUUGACCAAUGUAAACUUUCAAUUCUUCCAUUGGUUUCCUGUCUUCUUACAGGAAAUUCACCUUACAAGACUCUACAUAACCUUCUUUCUAUCUGCAUCACUGCUCUUAUUACUCAUGCUCUUCUCAGUCCUUUCACUUUGCUCCCCACUUUCCCCAAACUAUUUCACGCAGUCUCUCUUGCUGCCCUUCUACAUCUACUCUCUAUCCUCAUCUGCCAACCACCACUUCUCUCCUCAUUCAAAUGCCUUUUUCAGCAAUCCCUCUUCCCUUCAUUAAUACUCACCCCCUUCCUGCCCUUUUCUUGAACUGUUGUUCUGUAUUUGUCUUAUACUGUAAGCUCUUUAGGAUAGGGAACAUAUUUUGAAGUGCAAUGUAAAUUAAUGGCAUCAUAUAAAAAUUUAAAAUAAAAUAAUAACAGAAAGAAAUAACAAAGACCUAAAUGCUAUACUUCCAUAUUGGGGACAUCAUAAAACCACCAGAGACUAGAACACGUUACUAAAGACAACUGAGUCAAUUGUCUUGCAACCUUACCUUGAGAAACGACCAAAAAUGUUUGUAAUUAUUCCUUUGCACAUCGUGUUGGUUUUUAAAAGACAUUUUAUCACACUAAGACAAUUCAAGGUAUGUUGACAUUAAAUAAUAUGACACCUAGAUAGUUUGAAGAUGCGCGGCUUGAUUUUCAGAGCAGCUAAUAUUAUUGUCUUGUCCUCUUCUAGUUCCAUUUUUGUCUGUUUCAUCCCUGUUGCAUCUAGUCCAGCGGUUCUCAAACUUUAGCAAUCCGAGGAUCCUCAUUUUGAUUUAAAAAUUUUCACGGACCCCCAAAACAGCUUCUAAUUUUCCCCAGAGAAGCUCAACUACUGCUCAGCCCCAGGCCCCGCUCCUACUCCAUCCUUUCCCCCAAUGCCCCACCCCUGCCCCAUCUGCAGACCCCCGUUUGAGUACCGCUGACCUAGUCAAUAUUGUACAGCUCUUAGCACAAUGGGCCCUGAUCCUUGAUUGGGGCCCAUAGACCCUACUGUUAUAUAAAACUAAUAAUUAAAUGGGGAAUGUGGAAACUUGCCUCUGAAAGUUAGGCUGCAGGGCCAUAUUUUUAAAUUUGGGUGUCUAAAGUUGACACCUAAAUAUGGAUUUAGAAACAACAUUUUAGGCAUACAAAUUUGAACCUGAGCAGUUUGCCUUGGGCCUCAUGGUUAGCCGUGUCAUAUUAGACAAUAUGAAAUCUUUUCGUUCCUUAUCACUCCAGGAUGGACAGUUCAAGUACACUGCACUAGUUAUGGAGUUAUCCAGCAUUUGACAUUGUGUAUCACACAGUAUCCAUGAGGAACAUGACAUCCUUUGUACAAUAUUACUUAUAAGAAUUUGUGUACAGAUAAUUGGGCUCUCUCUUGGUGCUUGGGUACUGCACUACACUCUGGUUCCUGCUUUGUCACACAUCUCUUUAGAUUUGUUAUUGUGUAAAACUUGAUUUCUCUGGUAAUCUAACUGGAAAUGCACAUUCUCUGUUUAUGUGUUGUAGUAUCUAUAGACAUGAAAUCUCUGUCUUGACCUUUGAAAAAGGGUCACAAAAACAUUAAAGUAGCCUAAGAAUAGUGGGCUUAUUUACAACAGAAAAAAAGUAUAAACAGGAAAAACAAAAUAUUGUUAAUGUCAUGGUUGGCUUGGCUUGCAAGUUAUAUUGCUUUUCACUGUGCAAACUAUUGGCCAAGCAGAGGGAUGGCUUCCCUGUUAGGUAAUCAGGAGACAACUCUGGCUUUAUAAUCAAAAUAGAUUGUGAACAGAAGAGGAUUAAAAUACACACAAUAUUUUCAGAUUUAUAAUAAAGCAAACAAACAAAACCCCACACAUUAAAAUGCAUUGUUUUUCUAGUCAUUUAGGAGGCCUCCUGUGCUGAGACUCAGGGAGAUUUCGGUGAAGAGGGAGAAUUUUGUCCUGAUAUUUCAAAAACAGAAAGUUAGUCAAAAGGUAGUUAAGCAGAAGAAAUCUAAAAAACUUUGUAAGUAUGUGAAUGUAUGGAAGUUUUCUCUGUCUAAACUAUGUCAAAUAAAAAGAUAAAAUUGGACCUUUUAUUUUCCUUCUUUAAGUGUGAGAAAAUAAUCUACCUUAAAAACAUGCAUGACCACCACCAAAAAAUAAAGAAGAAUAUAUGAGAGUGGUUUGUGUAUUAUAAAGUUUGGGUAUUAAGGCAUGUGAGCUAAGGAAGCCUUUGCCGAACCACAUCACCUCUGUGUCUGUUUACCCAUUUAUAAAAAUGGAGAUAAUGUUUACCGAGCUAACUCACACAGAAGUUGUAAGCAUUCACUAGAUAAUGUCUCUAUAGUGCUUUGAGCACACAGAAUGACAAAGAACUCUAAGUAUGUCAUUAUGGUGUGGAUGAGCACGUUGGUUUAGCUGGUAAUGUGCCUGAUUUCUAGUAAUUGCUUUAUUAGGAAAGUGGAAUUUAUUAUCUGAUCAUUUUCUUUCUGCUAACAGCUUCUCUCCUCAUUCAUCUCUAAUGAGUCAAUGUGCCACACCUGUGGAAUUCAGAGAUGACCCAGUGUUGUUGCUGAAAGCCCCAGGACUAAGCCCCGCCCUUCAGCUCAGGUCACCAGGAGAGUUCUUCCAAAGCUGUAGAAAUACUCCAGGAACCAAUUAUUACCAUUAAGACAACAGACUUGAUACAUCAAUGAACCCUAAGGCGAAGAGAUUCUGUUCCAGUUAUCAGGAUGGAUUGAAUGAGGAGAGAAGCUGCUAGCAGAAAGAAAACCAUCAAGUAAUAACUUUCUGGUUAUGCAGCACAGCUUCUCUUCUUAUUCAUCAAUAACGGCUGCUGGCGAGCAGCGAAUCAUAGAGGGGAGAGGAUUGGGAAGAAGGAGCAGAGUUUUAAGCACUAUUAUAGUAGAACAAUAUGUAGAAAUAAAGUGUUACUCCAUAUAAAGCCAGAGUUUUGUAAUUUAAACAAUAAUUUGAGAACAAACCCAAUAGCACCUUCCUACCUUAGAACAGUACUACAGAGAAAUGGAAAGCUACUUUGAAAUCUUUAUUAUGUGAAGCUCACACAUUUUCUCCCCACAAUACCACUAGGGUCCUUGUAGAGAGACUCUUGAUUCCUUCUCCAUAAAUAGUUUCCUAGAUGUUUAGCAUGCCAGCUGGGGAGGAUUUUGACAUCUUGCUGCAGCAAGUUGCGGCCCUAAGGCCCUGACAUUUUGGAUGGAAUGAUCUGAGCAGAGUACAAUUGGUGUGUGUUUUCCAUAUGUUUGAGAUAUACUUUAAUCAUUUUCCAAAGGGUGCUAAGAAUUAAAACAAAUGAUGGAAGAACUAUUUCCCAGGAGUCGUGGAAAGAAGAAUUUACCUUGAACAAAAAGAUUUCUGGAACGAAGAGUAACUUUUUCCUCCUGACACCACCUAUGUCAGUGUGCCUGACAUAGAUCAAGGAACUAAUUCCAAAACCUGUCCGUAUUCCACUUAGGGUUAAUGUAACUGCUAGCUUCAAUUCAUACUAGUGCUUGUAAAAACUGCUUCAUCAAAGCAUUUAGUUCAAUUUUGCAAUAAAAAUCAGAAUCCAAUAAAGACUAUUAAAUCUGACUUAUUGGCUACAUACAUAUUGUAUUUGGAGAU